AUGCCUUCUUCUACUGACAUUUCGAGCUGGAGGGGAUGUUCGAGAAGGAGACGUCGACGAUCCCAUUCAGUAUCCACACCAGCCCAAGUUUCCGGUGGGCAGCUCUUCUUUGAAUUCGAUGCUCCUGAGGCAUUCAUCUCCCCACAGCUUUUCGCUGUGAAUCCACGAGGAGACAUGAUUUACUCGGUGAAAAUCGAUAUGAGGCUAUCACUGGAUCCAGAUACGCAAGAAGUCGUCGUAGCGCUUGGGGAACGGCUGAUCUGUCGAUGUUCCAUUCGUACCGGCAAGAGCUUCAACUAUGAGAUAGACAAUGACAUAUCAGCUAACGAUUUACGAGAAGCUAGCGACUUCUACUUACUGAGCGAUAAUAUCGCCGUUUUAAUCACAUACAACCCAGAAAACUAUCAUCUCUCACAGUACGUACUCGUUAUGAACGAAACAACCGAGAAAGCCCUACUCACUGUGAAGAGGACAGUUACACUGCCGGCACUCAGUUCCGAUCUCAGCAUUGGUAUGGGCCUCCUUGACGAGGGCUUUGUGUUGGCCGCAGGACAUGCUGGACCUGAUGGAGAAAAUCAACAAGUGGUAGGACAUUUGAUAGCUGCAGAUCCACUGAAAGCUUCCCUUCUCCCUAACAAGGACAUCACUCCCAUGAUAAGACAAUUCGAACGCUUCCUGAGAAAACAUGAUCCCGACUUGCAAGUUUUUCCUUCUGGGAUACUUGCAGAAAGAAAUGGAUUGACGUUCCUGCUCAAGAGCAAGCUGGUCACGUUGAUACUGAGAUUCGUGCUGUGGAUGCGACGAAUUGAUCAUGGCAUCUCGUUGUAUCUGUACAUGAAGUUUUUGCGGUGGAUUUUCGGACCUUCAAUGAUUCCUACCACAGCACCCCCGCCAGCGUUCAGUAUGUACGGUCUGGACAUGAAAUCGCGAAAGUUCAGAAGAGUUCCCAUUGAGCCGAAAAUGUUCACGAUGGAGAAUACGUUCGUCAGUUAUCCGUUAGCCAUCGACUGCGAUCGAACCGGAGGGGUUAUUACCACUGAGCUCGGAUCAUCACUAAAGUAA